AAACUGUCCUUGCUCGAAUACUACAGCUUCCACGAUGCUCAGAUUGGUGCUCUUAGUUUGCUUGUUCUGCGUUAGUGCGCACGCUUUAUUUAUAAGCGGAAACAAAUGGAACAACCUUAGAGAAAACGCCAAGUGGAGAGGUAAUCGGUACGUCAAAGACAACGACUACGCAGUGGUGUUGCUCUAUGACGUCAACGGCUACAUUGCAGGCAUCCAGACAUCCAUUCCCAAUAAUCAGGCUAAUGGUUACCCCAGCAGCAAGAUCCAACCACCCUUUUUGCCUGAUGGAAACCGCUACACGGCCACCGCUUACUUCGUGGAUCCCAGCAUUAUCUGUACCAGAGGUAGAACUGCAGCGCAGUACGCUGCCCAGGGCACGGGCACAAACCUGUACAUCCAAGAGACAGCCAAUCCCGAGGCAAGCACGCAGGUCCCCCGAAACGAGGCAGACCUUGCAAAUACCAAGUGGACAAAGGGAAAGUGCUUCUUCUCCAUGGGAAUGCACUACUGGUACGACGUGAAAGAAAACAUGGACUGUGGCGGACUGUUCCCUGUUUUCCUCCUCUACAACGGGGGCAAACUCAAUGCUUUUGGUUGGGCCAUGCAAACUGGUCUCAGUUCAUCUCAAUACGAGCACCCUGACAUUACAGUAAUCGAUAAGUUCAUGCAAACUGUCCCAACGUGUCUGAAGUCAGUGAAAGCCCUGUCUACUAUGCACAUCUACCUCACUGACAAGUAUUAUUUAAAUUUUUGCUGAGCAGCCUGUGAAUAUAAUUUGCUUCUCUAUAAAACAAGCAGGAAUCAUAGCCUUUGUAGAUUUUGUAUAGACUUUGGUUCCAUUGCAUCUCAAAGAAAUAAAAAAAAAUGUGACACAAAUAUAUCUUUUGAGCUUGAAAAGUA